AUGUUUGACGAGAAAGACGCAAAGAUUCGGGAGCUGAGUACAGAGCUGAGCCGAGAGAGAAGGCGUUGUGCUGCGUUGCAACAGCAGCUUGAUAUAGUCCUAAAGGAGAUGGAGGAACAUUCCAAUCAUCUCUCCAUUAAAAUCAGUAAUACACGGACAGAUUACAUUGGCCAAUCAAAACAAAGCCAAGGGACUUGGGAGCCUCAUCGUUGUUCAAUGCCAGAAAGCGUACAUGGCAGUAGAGAUGUAAACCAACAGAGCGGAGGAAACAAGCGUCACGAGCGUUGCAACCGCCUGAGCCGCGGAUUUGCUGCCGCAAGAGAUAGCUUCUUCGCCACGUCAGCACUUGCGUCGCAGCUGGAUCGCUGCUCGAGGCUAUGCUGUCCUGGAGUCGCUAAGGAAAGACCUACGAAGACGGCGAUGGUGAAGAGAGAGUUCACGUUCACGAGUCCGUCAAGGGCACUUACGUGGACACUUGUCGUGGCGACGGAGGACGACGCCGGUGACGUCAUUCUGACGGCGGUGUCAACGCCGGUCGUGUACUCGAUUUUGGGAUCAGAUCUGCUCGGAAUAGAGAAUGGAAAAAAAUGA